AUGGAUGACCUGAACGGGCUGAGUUGGUCAACCAACUCCAACGCGCCCACCAACAAACCUCCUCCCAUGGGCUCUGGCUUCGCGUUCCCCAAUGUCCGACCAAAUGGUGCCUCCGGUAGAUCAACACCGAUGUCCGCAGCUUCAAAUCGAUCCAAUUCGCCAUCGAAACCGCCCGCCUCCACCGGAGACAGCUUUGCAAACUUGGUCUCAUUCAAUUCCUCUGCUGCGAACAAAAACAUUUCCCUGGUAGAACAGCAGAAGAGAUUACAGGAGGAAAAGGCUAAGAAGGCCGCAGAGGACCGCAGGCGGUAUGAUGCGCAAUACGGAGGUCAGAACUCGCAGUUCUGGGAUACCUUGGAGCAUGGCCGUACCCCGAGCCCUGCGACGGCUCCGAUCUCAAAAGUAUCGCCACCAGCAGAUGACCACGAUAUACUGGCUGCGUUUAGUGCUGCUGCGCCGGUCGAUGCAUCGACGAACUUCCCAGUCCCAAGUUCCAACGCUUCUCCCCAGGUUGGUACGAAUUCGCGACAAGGCACACCCAGUGCCGGGAUAACAAUGCUGGAUAACUCCGGGGGCUUGGGCGCAUUUGGCGACGAUGAUGACGAUCCGUUUGGUCUCAAUCAAUUGAAGCCAAAGUCAACGCCGGCUCCGUCGCAAGUUCCAGCAGACGACGACGAUUUCCUUGGGCUACUAGGAAAACCAGUGUCGGAGAUUCCUCGUCAGCAGGCGCCACCGGAGCGGACAGUUUCCUCCAACCGCGAUCGCGAGGACCAAUCUGCCUCUCCCAUGCCUUCGAACGAAGUUGAUCGAGCAAUUGCAGAGCUGGUAGAUAUGGGAUUCCCGGCGGACAAGUCACGGCAAGCCCUGAGGACUACGGAUUCAGGGACCAAUGUCCAGGCGGCUGUCAGUUGGCUUCUUACUCAAGCACACGCUGAAUCAAGGCAGAAAUCCCAAGGCCGAUCUCCUGCACCACCUCAGUCUGGCGAUCGCACGGAACGAAGUGACAGUCGACACCGCGAUGCGCCUUCCUGGGCGAGGGAAGUUAGAUCGCAACCUCCGCGGUCGCGCGACGACAGUCGAAGCCCUGGCGUUGGAGAAAAGGACCCUGCACAAACAGCCUCUCAAUUCGGCAACAACUUGCUGAAGACUGCUGGGUCGCUUUGGAAGACCGGAAGCAAGAAAUUCCAGCAAGCUGUGAAUGAAUUCAAUGCCGAUCACGACCCCAGCCAGCCCAAGUGGAUGCGGGAUGCAUCUGCGCCUCGCGAGGAGCCCUUCCCUCAGCAGCCGCCACGACGCGGUGGUGAAAGGGAUCAGGCGCAAGUGCAGCCCCAAGACUUCACUAACGAAGCGCUGCUUUUGGAAGCUCGCGAUUCUGGACCGCCUCGAAAGCCUGUUCGCCCGCAGGAUCAGCGCCAACCCGCCCCGGCUGGUGGCGACCCGCGUCGCCAGCCAUCGCCAGCCACCCAACAUCUGCAGGAAGCGAACUUCCUCCAGCGACCAUCACGACCAAAUUCUACAGAACCAAAAUCUCGUCUCUCCCGAUUUGCUGCCGAGGAACAGUCAGCGCAAGCAUACGUUAGCCCGGCAAGGCGGCGACGGCCUCAAGCGCCACCACCGGCAGCCGAGCCCAACGUCGAUCUCUUUGAUUCUCCCCUUCCAUCGUCACAGCCACCGAGCCGAAGCCCUCAAACUCAGGCUCGACCGCCACCAGCACGUACGGCUUCUAUUCCAGUGCGCCCCAAGGCUCCGGCCCGGUCUAUACCGCCCGUAUCUGCAGAGGCUCUGCAGUCAACUCACCGCCAUCGCGAGAAGGCUGCAGAUGCGUACAAGCGGGGCGACUAUGCAGCUGCACACCAAAGUUUCUCUACUGCUCUCGACAUGCUUCCUGACCAGCACCCCAUUACGAUCAUUGUUCGCAGCAACCGAGCGAUGACUGGUCUAAAGAUCGGUGAGCCUAAGGGCGCCAUCGACGAUGCUGACAUCAUCUUGAAAUUGAUCGGACCGUCAAAGGGCGAGGAAGAGACAAUUGACCUCGGCAAUGGCGAAGCCGCCAAGCCUAUGAAAGACUUCUUUGGAAAGGCGCUUAUGCGCAAGGCCGAGGCUUUGGAACAGCUUGAACGAUGGGCAGAUGCAGCACAAGCUUGGAAGUUGGCUGUAGAGUCCGGACAUGGCGGAGGCACUAGCAUUCAGGGCAGGAACCGAUGCGAGAAGGCUGCUGGAAUCGGCAAACCUCCGUCGAAACCCUCAGCGCCGGUCAAAAAGAGACUGACUCCCGUGCCGAAGAAGACAUCUGCGCUGUCAGAUCUCUCCGGCAGUGCUGCGUCUGGCCAAGACUCGGAAGCUGUUAGCCGAUUGCGGCAGGCUAAUGAGGCUGCCGAACGUGCCGACGAGGAGAAAUUCGCUCUUACUGACAGUGUUGACGCGAAGAUUGGUGCAUGGAGGAAUGGCAAACAGGAUAACCUGCGUGCGCUGCUUGGUAGUCUCGACACUGUGCUCUGGCCGGAAUCCGGCUGGAAGAAGAUUAACUUGUCAGAGCUGGUCUUGCCGAACAAGGUCAAGAUUCAGUAUAUGAAGGGUAUUGCAAAGGUUCACCCUGACAAGAUUUCGACAACUGCCACUACCGAACAGCGUAUGAUUGCUGGUGCUGUGUUCGGAACCCUGAAUGAGGCCUGGGACAAGUUCCGAGUGGAAAAUAAUCUGUGA